CCGCGUUGAAGUAUAGCUGGUGUGUUCCUUGACGUGAUUGUUCUGGCGCUUCUAGAACGUUCCCGAGUCUUCAUUACAUUUUUCAACCCGUACGACAUAUUCCGGCCGAUCUUGACGGUUCUCAGGUUGUCUUAAUAAGAUUAUAUAAAAACUACAAUCAAAAACCAUUAGUUGACAACAAAUAUUUUCAUUUUGUUCAACUCAAAUCUAAUUAAAAGAUGGAAGACAUGGGCUUAAGUUUUGCUGAUCAAUCUCUUUCACUCAAUUCUGCUGAAGAUGCCAAAACUAUAGUUUCAGCAAUCGAAAAAUGUCCGUGCCUGGUUUAUCUCAAUCUUCAAGGAAACACUUUAGGAAUUGAUGCUGCUAAAGAAAUUGGCAAUGCUAUUGCUAAACAUGGCUCACUUCUUAAGCGUGCAUUAUGGCAAGAUAUGUUUACUGGACGACUCAAAUCUGAAAUUCCAAUAGUUCUAGAACAUUUGUCAGCUGGUUUAUUAACAGCAAAUGUACGUUUAUCUGAACUCGAUUUAAGUGAUAAUGCUUUUGGACCAAUCGGUAUGCAAGGAUUAGUUAAGCUAUUGAAUUCGCCUGUGUGUUAUGAAUUACAAAAAUUACGUUUAAUGAACAAUGGAUUAGGAAUCAGUGGAGCAAAAAUGCUUGCAAAAGCAUUGAUUGAUAAUUACCAUGCCAGUGUCACAGCUGGUACUCCAUUCAACCUUAAAGUACUAAUAGCUGGUAGAAACAGAUUGGAAAAUGAAGGAAUCAUUGCUUUGUCUCAAUUCUUUAGUCUUGUUAAAACCAUGGAAGAAAUAACAAUCCCUCAAAAUGGAAUUUAUUGCAAAGGUAUAUUAGCAUUAUCUAAGAGCUUGCUGGAAAAUCCAAAUUUAAAAGUGUUGGAUGUUCAAGAUAAUUUAUUAACUGUUAUAGGAGCAGAAGCAUUAGCCAAUGUUCUGCCAAAAUUAAAAAAUCUGAAACAUUUGAAUAUUGCAGAUUGUUUAAUAAAAUCCAAAGGUGCUUUAGCAAUUGCAGAUGCUUUAAAUGUUCAUGAAUCUCUUGAGAAUUUGGAUGUAAGUUAUAAUGAAAUCAAUGGUGAAAGUGGGUUGAUUUUAACAAAAGCACUAUGUGACAAAGUAAACUUGAAAGGAUAUAAUAUUAAUGGUAAUAGGUUUGGAAUAGAAACUAUUGACAUAAUCACAAAUACACUAAAAGAAUCUAACAAAGACAAUACUCUGGGAUCAUUUAGUGGCGAUGAAGGUGAAUGUUCUUCUGAUGAAGAAAAUGAAAAUGCUGAAGAAAGUUCAACAGAUACUGAGGAUGGCGAUAUUUCUACUUCUUUUGCCGAUAAAACUGCUGAUUUAAUGAAAGAUAUGAAUGUUAGCGAGGUUAAUUUAGUAAAAAAUUCUACAGAUAAUGUUGGUUUCGAAAUAUUAGUUGAUCAACUAAUGGAUAUUGCUGGUCGAUAUCAAAAUGCAAAUGAUAAAGUAACGUUGGAUAAGUGUUUUGAGUUGUAUAAAGCAGCAUAUACUAAUGCUACCAAAGAAUUAAAAUUUGUCGACUUAACAAAUUUAUUAUUAGUAAAACAUGGCUUAAUUAAAAGCGAAGAUAAAGAAUUCCAACUACGAAAAGAUGUUGGUAGAUGUUUAGAUGUUCUAAAAAUAGCUGUUGAAAAUAAAAAUGUUAUUCCCGAACCAUCUCAAUGUGUAUUAAGCUUUAUGUUGAAAAAAAAAUUUUCAGUUCAAUAGUUCGUAAUUUCUUUAAUAGCAUUCAAUAAUCUAAAAUAUAUUACUUUUUUUUUUAUAUACAUAAUUCAGUUUAUUUUCAAUUUAAGAAUUUAUUUAGUUUCUUUAGGAUAUUGAAUGUAUAUUUUAUAAUUUAUUUUUUACAUAUAUUUUGUGUUAAAAUAUUUUUCAUCCUUAUUUAGAGGUUUAAUGAUUUUGAGCAACAUUUGUAAAUUUUAUUGUUAAUUAUUAAUCUCUUAAACUUCAUACUACAAACAAAAAUAUGUAUUGAUUAGGAAAAUAUAAGAAAUCUAAUUUGCUCGGCUUAAUGCUAGUUCUCUGGAAGACUUAUGUUCUUAAACCUAUUUAUUUUUCUUAAAUUAUUUUACUAUAUAUUUUCGAUAUAUUUGUUAAUUAUAGCUCUUUUUCUUUUGUGUAAAAAUUUAUGUUUAUUAAAUUUAGUUAAGGUUUUUUAAGAUUUAAGAAUAAAUAGUAGUGAUUAAUAUGUCUUUUAACUAGUAAAUAUAAUAAUGAUACAUCCAAA